AUGUCCGUGUCCUCUUCGCCGAAGGAUACUUCAGUUCUCCACCUCCCUCUCUCUGCGAUCGCAUACCUACGUCCUAAGCAUCGUCAAGACCAAGACUGGACAUAUCGGCAAGCGUUAGGAAACACAGCUCUGAAAGUAUCUUUGAAAACAUUCGCAGCGCUUCACAUGCGACCAUCUCUCUCCCUCAAGCCACAUCUUGAAGGCAAACGAUUUAUUCUGGUGGAGCCUGCAAAGUCCGAGCUUUAUACAGGCGUCGCAAUUGACAAAGAUAUCAAGCCAGAGACGAUAGGAGGCACUUGGUUUCCAGAGCGCUUCACGCCAGAAACUGUCAUCCCGAAAGGCCGGUAUAUCGUACUUCACUUCCAUGGUGGAUCAUACAUACUGGGCAACGGUCGAACAGCCUCCUGCGGCUUUCUAGCCAAGAACUUUUUAUCCUAUACACCAUCUGCUUAUGUGUUCUCUGUCCAAUAUCGAUUAGCUGGUGACCCGAAAGGGCGUUUUCCAGCUCAACUUCAAGAUGCCAUUUCCGCCUACUGCUACCUGAUCCACACCCUACACAUUCCAGCAUCUUGCAUUGUGCUCAGUGGCGACAGUUGCGGAGGGGACCUCGUUUUAGGGUUGCUACGAUAUAUUUUGCACUAUGAGAGACCGUCUCUUCUUCCGGCGCCGAAGUGCGGCUGGGUCUUCUCGCCUUGGUGCAAUGUUCCAAAUGCCAGUAACAGCAAGGCGUGGAUUGACAGCGCGAACUACAAAACCGAGUAUAUUCCGCCGUCAUUCCCCGCCUGGGGUGCGAAGCAUUUCCUGGGUGACUUACAGAUGACCGAGCUACUCGAGCAAUACGUGACGCCUAUACGGCAUCCCUUUGAGUUACCUUCGCCUGUCUUAAUCGUCACUGGGGGUCAAGAAGUGCUAUGUCAGGAGCAUCGGGACCUCGUAUUUGCGUUCCAGCAGCUACCCCAGAACACUUCAGCUAUUAAGCUUUACGUGGAGGAGAAUGUACCUCAUGAUGUUUUGAUGAUUGGCUGGCUUUUCAAUUUCCGAAAAGAGGCUCGUCGAUGCUCGGAAAAAGCCGGAGAAUUCUUGAGGGAGAUAGAAUAA